UGUUUGCUCAGACGAGCAGAAUGUUUUGAGCGGAGCGAGCGCAGGUGGUGGAGAGCGUGCGGGGGGUCGUCGCGCAUGGGCAGACGGUGCCCGCUCCUGGGUCACCCUGACUUCUUCCUCCGGAGACCUAGGCUGCGCGGCUACGCCGCGUUUGAACCGGAAGCGGGAAUAGCGGGUGUCACCCUGGCUGGAGCCGCGGUGACCGCGGAGAAAGGCGAGUGGAGCGAGAUUUAAGCUGCAGCCGCUUCAGCUGCCGCGUUGGGAAAUAGCACUCUGGCUGUUCGGUGCAGCUGUAGGGGCGAGGCGAGCAGACAGUGGCUUGUGCGUGGGGGGAUUUGAGACAUCCGAGCCAUUCGGUUCCAGCCCCCUGAUCGCCGGUCUCACCUGCUGCACCCUAGUGGCCCAUUUCUCCACGCCGCACUUUCUCCCGCAGUCUCUGCGAUCCCGUAGCGGACUUACUAGCCUGGACUGUUCUUCCAAAUGCCGCGUUGAAUCUUCAUAUUUGAUCCACGAGCAUCUGUUGAAGUUUAAACUGGAUUGGCGUGCGUAGGAGCACCGACUGUGAAAUUAACUUUUGCUGGAGCUGUAAUUCUGGCUGUCGUCUAUGCAACUGGGCUGUACUGUCUCUCCUGCAAUAAUUCUGGCCCGUCGUGAGCACUCAAGAGCGUUCGCUGCUGUUCUUGCCAGUAAUUCAUCUUUGAGAAACGGAAGAGAAAAACAGAAAGAAGCCAGCAGAAAAACCACAGCUUUAUAAAAGAAAAGUUGAGGGCCACAUCUUCCUGGAAGUGUCACAUGUGAUGUGUUUUCUGAGGUUCUGAACCAUGAGUCUAGCACUUAACGAUCUGCUUAUUUGCUGUCGUCACCUGGAACACGAUAGAGCUACAGAACGAAGGAAAGAAGUUGAGAAAUUUAAGCGUCUUAUCCGGGAUCCUGAAACUGUUCAACAUUUAGAUCGGCAUUCAGAUUCCAAACAAGGGAAAUACUUGAAUUGGGAUGCUGUUUUUAGAUUUUUACAGAAAUAUGUUCAAAAAGAAACAGAAUGUCUGAGAACAGCAAAACCAGGUGUAUCAGCCUCAGCACAAGCCACCAGGCAGAAAAAGAUGCAAGAAAUCAGUAGUUUGGUCAAAUACUUCAUCAAGUGUGCAAAUAAAAGAGCACCCAGACUGAAAUGUCAAGAACUCUUAAAUUAUAUCAUGGAUACAGUGAGAGAUUCGUUUAACGGUAAUGUUUAUGGGGCUGACUGCAGCACUAUACUACUCAAGGAUAUUCUCUCAGUGAGAAAAUACUGGUGUGAAAUAUCUCAACAGCAGUGGCUAGAGUUGUUCUCUGUGUACUUCAAUCUGUACCUUAAACCAGCGCAAGACAUUAAUAGAGUUUUAGUGGCUAGAAUAAUUCAUGCUGUGACCAGAGGGUGCUGUUCGCAAACUGAUGGAUUAAGUUCCAGAUUGUUGGAUUUCUUUUCCAAAGCUAUUCAUCAUGCAAGACAAGAGAAGAGCUCUGCAGGUCUGAACCACAUCUUAGCAGCGUUCAUUAUCUUCCUCAAGACAUUGGCCGUGAACUUUCGAAUUCGCGUGUGUCAGUUAGGAGAUGAAGUUCUUCCUACCUUGCUUUAUAUUUGGACUCAACACAGGCUUAAUGAUUCCUUAAAAGAAGUGAUUAUUGAAUUAUUUCAGCUGCAAAUUUAUAUCCGUCAUCCAAAGGGAGCUAAAACCCAAGAGAAAGGUGCUUAUGAAUCAAGUAAAUGGAAAAGUAUCUUAUACAACAUGUAUGAGUUGCUGAUUAAUGAGAUAAGUCACAUAGGAAGCAGAGGGAAAUACUCUUCAGGCUCCCGUAAUGUUGCCGUCAAGGAAAACUUGAUUGAGCUGAUGGCAGACAUUUGUCAUCAGGUUUUUAAUGAAGACACCAGAUCUUUGGAGAUUUCUCAGUCUUACACUGUCACACAAAGAGAACUUAAUGAUUACAGUGCACCUUGCAAAAGGAGGAAAAUAGCGUUAAGCUGGGACGUCAUAAAAGAUCAUCUUCAGAAGUCACAGAAUGACUUUGAUCUUGUGCCUUGGUUACAGAUCGCAACCCAAUUAAUAUCCAAGUAUCCUUCCAGUUUACCCAACUAUGAGUUGUCCCCAUUACUGACGACACUGUGCCAGCUUCUGCCUCAGCAGCGCCGCGGGGAGCGCACGUCAUACGUGUUACGGUGCCUCGUGGAGCUUGCAUCGUGUCAAGGCAUGAAAUCCGACCUGGAAAGCUCACAGAAGUCAGAUUUAUUGAAACUCUGGACUAAAAUUUGGUCUAUUACCUUUCGUGGUAUAAGUUCUGAACGAAUACAAGCUGAAAACUUUGGCUUACUUGGAGCUAUAAUUCAGGGUGGUUUAAUUGAGGUUGAUAGAGAAUUCUGGAAGUUAUUUACUGGGUCAGCCUGCAGACCUUCAUGUGAACGACACCAAAAAGACGCUGAGGAGCCUUCAUUCUCAGAAAUUGAAGAACUGUUUCUUCAGACAACAUUUGACAAGAUGGAUUUCUUAAGCAUUGUGAAGGAAUGUCCUGUCGAAAAGCACCAGGCCAGUGUAGGCAUUUCUGUUCACCAGAACCUCAAGGAGUCACUGGAUCGUUAUCUUCUGGGAUUAUCAGAACAGCUUCUAAAUAACUACUCAUGUGAGAGAAAACAGUAUUUGCCAAGAGUAACUUAUUUUUUUGUUUGCUUAUGUUUUUGUUUGUCUUCAUUACAGCCCAGUCCCAGAAAGAUUGCAUCUGGAUUUUUCCUGAGAUUGUUGACAUCAAAGCUCAUGAAUGAUAUUGCCGAUAUUUGUAGAAGUUUAGCAUCCUUUACCAGAAAGCCGUUUGACUGUGGAGAAGUAGAACCCCUGGAAGAUGAUGCUGACCCAAGUGUGAUGGAGGAGGAGGACCAGUCAUCCAUGAACCUGUUCAGCGAUAACCCUGCCGAUACUGUUAGCGAUGCUAACGCGUCUGGAGAGGGCCAGAGCACUAUCGGUGCCAUGAAUCCUUUAGCUGAAGAACAUCUGUCAAAGCAAGACCUACUUUUCCUUGACAUGCUCAGGUUCCUGUGUGUGUGCGUAACCACUGCUCAGACCAAUACUGUGUCGUUCAGAGCGGCUGAUAUUCGGAGGAAGUUGUUAAUGUUAAUUGACUGUAGCAUGCUAGACCCUGCUAAAUCCCUCCAUCUACACAUGUAUCUAGUGCUUUUAAAGGAACUUCCUGGAGAAGAACAUCCUUUGCCAAUGGAAGAGGUUGUUGAACUCCUAAAGCCACUAUCCAAUGUGUGUUCUUUGUAUCGCCGCGACCAGGAUGUUUGUAAAACCAUUUUAAACCACGUCGUUCACAUAGUGACGAACCUGUGUCAAGGCAGUAUGGACGCUGAAAACACAAGGGAUGCGCAAGGGCAGUUUCUCACAGUGAUUGGAGCAUUUUGGCACUUAGCGAAGGAGGGGAAAUGUACAUUCUCUGUAAGAAUGGCGCUGGUAAAAUGCCUUAAAACUUUGCUUGAGGCUGAUCCGUACUCAAAAUGGGCUAUUCUUAAUGCAAUGGGCGAAGAGUUUCCUGUGAACAAAGUGUUUCCACAUUUUCUUGCUGAUAAUCAUCAUCAAGUUAGCAUGCUGGCUGCAGAGUCCAUCAAUAGAUUAUUCCAGGAUGUGAAACACGGAGGUUCUGCCACAUUAUUGAAAGCCCUUCCUUUGACGCUUCAGCAAACAGCUUUUGAAAAUGUAUACUCGAAAGCCCAGGAAGGAGUGAGAGAAGUGGCCCACAGAGCUGCAGACGCUGAACUUGUGGACGAGGUCCGUAACAGAAAAUCUGUCCUGCUGCUGACGGUAGCUGUGGUUUUAUGCUGCAGCCCCGUCUGUGAGAAACAGGCUUUGUUUGCCCUGUGCAAGGCUGUGAACGAGAGCGGAUUAGAACCUCAGCUCAUUAAAAAGGUUUUAGAGAAAGUUUCUGAAACCUUUGGGUACAGACUUUUAGAAGACUUCAUGGCUUCUCAUUUGGACUAUCUGGUUUUGGAAUGGCUGAAUCUUCAAGAUACUGAACACAGCUUAUGCUCUUUUCCUUUUAUUUUACUAAACUACACGAACGUUGAGGAUUUCUAUAGAUCUUGUUACAAGGUCUUGAUCCCACAUCUGGUGAUGAGAAGUCGUUUUGACGAGGUGAAGUCCAUUGCUAAUCAGAUUCAAGAGGACUGGAAAACUCUUUUAACACACUGCUUUCCAAAAAUUCUUGUAAAUAUUCUUCCUUACUUUGCCUAUGAGGGCACAGGGGACAGUGAGAUGGCGCAGCAGAGAGAGACAGCUACCAAAGUCUAUGAUGUGCUCAAGGACGAAAACUUGCUAGGAAAACAGAUUGAUCACUUAUUCCUUAGUAAUUUACCAGAGAUUGUUGUGGAGUUACUGAUGACGUUACAUGAACCAGCAACUUCUGGUGCCGGCCAAAGCAUUGACGUCGGUGACUUUUCAGGGGAUUUGGACCCUGCUCCUAACCCACCUCAUUUCCCAUCACACGUGAUCAAAGCGACGUUUGCCUAUAUCAGUAACUGCCAUAAAACCAAGCUUAAAAGCAUCUUAGAAAUUCUUUCCAAAAGCCCUGAUUCCUAUCAGAAAAUCCUUCUAGCCAUAUGUGAGCAAGCCGCUGAGACAAACAAUGUUUAUAAAAAGCACAGGAUUCUGAAAAUAUAUCACCUGUUUGUUAGUUUACUACUGAAAGAUAUAAAAAGUGCCUUAGGAGGGGCGUGGGCCUUUGUCCUUCGAGACGUGAUUUACACUUUGAUUCAUUAUAUCAACAAAAGGCCUUCCCGUUUCAUGGAUGUGUCGUUACGCAGCUUCUCCCUGUGCUGUGACCUGUUAAGCCGGGUUUGCCACACAGCAGUCACUUACUGCAAGGAUGCUCUAGAAAAUCAUCUCCAUGUCAUUGUCGGCACACUCAUACCCCUUGUGGAUGACCAGAUGGAGGUUCAGAAACAGGUAUUGGAGUUAUUGAAAUACUUAGUGAUAGAUAACAAGGAUAAUGAAAACCUCUAUAUGACAAUUAAACUCUUAGAUCCUUUCCCUGACCAUGAUGUCUUUAAGGAUUUGCGUCUUACUCAGCAGAAAAUUAAAUACAGUAAAGGACCCUUUUCACUUUUGGAGGAAAUCAAUCACUUCCUCUCUGUGGGUGUGUACGAUGCUCUUCCUCUGACGAGGCUCCAAGGGCUGCGGGACCUCCGCAGGCAGCUGGCCCGGCACCGAGACGAGAUGACGGACCUCGUGCCGGCCUCGCAGGAAAACCCACAAGAUGGCGUCAUGGUGAAGCUCAUCGUCAGCUUGUUGCAGUUGUGCAAGAUGGCGGUGGGCCGCACCGGGGAAAGACAAGUUUUAGAGGCCGUUGGAGGCUGCCUGGGAGAAGUGGGCCCGGUUGGCCUCUCCGCGAUAGCUGUGCAGCACAGCGGAGACGCACCUCGCGCCGGGGCCCUGCAGUUCUUUGAGGCCGAAGAUGAAGAACUUCAGUGGACCUUCCUAACGCUGACCUACCUGAGUAAUACGCUGGUAGAAGAUUGCGUCAAAGUGCGGUCAGCUGCCGUUACCUGUUUGAAAAGCAUUUUAGCCACAAAGACCGGACACACUUUCUGGGAGAUUUAUAAGACGACGGCCGAUCCCAUGCUGAUCUAUCUGCAGCCUUUCAGAACGUCGAGAAAAAAGUUUUUAGAAGUACCCAGACUGGAGAAAGAAAAUCCUUUAGAAGGCCUGGACGACACGAGCCUGUGGACUCCUCAAAGUGGAAAUCAUGACAGUUGGAUAAAGAGGCUGACUUGUGCUUUUUUGGACAGCGGAGGCACAAAGAGUGAAGUUCUUCAAUUAUUAAAGCCAAUGUGUGAAGUGAAAACUGACUUUUGUCAGACUCUGCUUCCAUACUUGAUUCAUGAUAUUUUACUCCAAGAUACAGACAAAUUGUGGAGAAAUCUGCUGUCUACACACAUUCAGGGAUUUUUCACUAACUGUUUCAAACCCUCCUCACAAAUGAGCCGAUCCACAACCCCUGCAAGUUUGGACUCAGACUCCGAGCACUUUUCCCGGUGCUGUGUGGAUAAAAAAUCCCAGAGGACCAUGCUCGCCGUUGUGGACUACAUGAGGAGACAGAGGAGACCUUCCUUAGGAACCGUUUUUGAUGAUGCUUUCUGGCUGGAGUUGAAUUAUCUGGAGGUUGCUAAGGUCGCUCAGUCGUGCGCUGCACACUUUACAGCAUUGCUCUACGCAGAAAUUUAUGCAGAUAAGAAAAGCAUGGAUGACCAGGAGAAAAGAAGUCUUACAUUUGAAGAAGCAAGCCAAAAUACAACGAUUUCUAGUUUGAGUGAAAAAAGUAAAGAAGAAACCGGAAUAAGCUUACAGGACCUGCUCCUCGAGAUCUACCGGAGCAUCGGGGAGCCGGACAGCCUGUACGGCUGCGGCGGGGGGAAGAUGCUGCAGCCCCUGACCCGGCUGUGGACGUAUGAGCAUGAAGCCAUGUGGGGGAAAGCCUUGGUGACGUAUGACCUGGAGACGGCCAUCUCCUCGCCCACCCGGCAGGCAGGAAUCAUCCAGGCCUUGCAGAAUUUGGGACUCUGCCAUAUCCUUUCCGUCUAUUUGAGAGGACUAGAUCUGGAAAAUGCAGAGCGGUGCGCCGAGCUGCGGGAGCUCUGCUUCCAGGCCGCGUGGAGGAACACGCAGUGGGACCACUGUGUCUCCGCCAGCAAAGGAAUGGAAGGAACCAAUUACCAUGAAUCCAUAUACAAUGCUCUCCAGUCUCUAAGAGAUAGAGAAUUCUCCACAUUUUAUGAAAGUCUCAAAUAUGCCAGGGUGAGAGAAGUGGAGGAGCUGUGUAGGGGCAGCCUCGAGUCCGUGUACUCGCUCUACCCCACCCUCAGCAGGCUGCAGGCCAUCUCUUGGUAACAUGGCUUCUGUGAUGUUGCUUUCAGACCGGUCCCGGAUCAGCAUCCCUCUGAAGUGCACGCUAAGUGGCGGAAACACUCCCAGCUUCUCAAGGACAGUGACUUCAGUUUUCAGGAGCCCAUCAUGGCUCUGCGCACAGUCAUCUUGGAGCUCUUGAUAGAAAAGGAAAUGGACGACUCCCAGAGAGAAUGUUUUAAGGAUAUUCUCACCAAGCACCUUGUGGAAUUCUCCGUACUAGCCCGAACUUUUAAGAACACUCAGCUCCCUGAACGGGCAAUAUUUCACAUCAAACAGUACAACCCAGCCGGUCGAGGAGUCUCCGAGUGGCAGCUGGAGGAGGCGCAGGUGUUCUGGGCAAGAAAGGAACAGAGUCUCGCCCUAAGUGUCCUCAAGCAGAUGAUCAAGAAGCUGGACGCCAGCGGUGCAGAGGAUGAUCCCGGCCUGAGACUCCUGUACGCAGAAUGUCUGCGGGUCUGCGGCACCUGGCUGGCGGAAACGUGCUUGGAGAACCCUGCGGUCAUCAUGCAGACCUACCUGGACAAGGCAGUGGAAGUUGCCAGAAAUUAUGAUGGAGAGAGCAGUGAUGAACUUAGAAAUGGAAAAAUGAAGGCAUUUCUCUCAUUAGCACGGUUCUCGGAUACGCAGUACCAGAGAAUUGAAAACUACAUGAAGUCUUCGGAAUUUGAGAACAAGCAAGCUCUCCUUAAAAGAGCCAAAGAGGAAGUGGGUCUUCUUAGGGAACAUAAAAUUCAGACCACCAGGUACACGAUCAAGGUGCAGCGAGAGCUGGAGCUGGAUGAGUGUGCGCUCCGCGCCCUGAGGGAGGACCGGAAGCGCUUCUUGUGUAAAGCAGUUGAAAACUACAUCAGUUGCUUGCUGAGCGGAGAGGGACAUGAUAUGUGGAUAUUCCGGCUUUGUUCUCUCUGGCUUGAAAAUUCUGGAGUUGCUGAAGUCAAUGGCAUGAUGAAGAGCAAGGGAAUGAAGAUUCCAUCCUACAAAUUCCUGCCUCUUAUGUACCAGCUGGCUGCUAGAAUGGGGACCAAAAUGAUGGGGGGCCUAGGAUUCCACGAAGUCCUCAAUAACCUUAUCUCUAGAACUGCGAUGGACCAUCCCCAUCACACCUUGUUUAUUAUACUGGCCUUAGCAAAUGCAAACAAAGACGAAUUUUUGACCAAACCCGAGGCGGCAAGGAGGAGCAGAAUAAGUAAAAACGCACCUAAACAAAGCUCUCAGCUUGAUGAGGAUCGAAUCGAGGCUGCAAACAGAAUAAUAUGUACUAUCAGAAGUAGGAGACCUCAUAUGGUCAGAAGUGUGGAGGCACUUUGUGAUGCUUACAUCAUAUUAGCAAACUUAGAUGCCACUCAGUGGAGGACACAGAGAAAAGGCAUAAAUAUCCCAGCAGACCAGCCAAUUACUAAGCUGAAGAAUUUAGAAGAUGUUGUUGUCCCAACUAUGGAAAUUAAGGUGGACCCUACAGGAGAAUAUGGAAAUCUGGUGACAAUACAGUCAUUUAAGGCAGAAUUUCGUUUAGCAGGCGGUUUAAACUUACCUAAAAUAAUCGACUGUCUGGGCUCUGAUGGGAAGGAGAGGAGACAGCUUGUCAAGGGCCGUGACGACCUGAGACAAGACGCCGUGAUGCAGCAGGUCUUCCAGAUGUGCAACACGCUGCUGCAGAGAAACACAGAGACCAGGAAGAGGAAGCUGACCAUCUGCACGUACAAGGUGGUCCCCCUUUCUCAGCGGAGUGGCGUCCUCGAGUGGUGCACGGGCACCGUCCCCAUCGGUGAAUUUCUUGUCAACAACGAGAGCGGCGCUCAUAAGAGAUACAGGCCGAAGGAUCUCAGCGCCCUCCAGUGCCAAAAGAAAAUGACGGAUGUACAAAAGAAGUCUUUUGAAGAGAAAUAUAAAACCUUCAUGGAUAUCUGCCAAAAUUUUCAACCAGUUUUCCGUUACUUCUGCAUGGAAAAAUUCUUGGACCCGGCUGUCUGGUUCGAGAAACGACUGGCUUAUACCCGCAGCGUGGCUACCUCUUCCAUCGUCGGUUACAUCCUCGGACUUGGUGACAGACACGUACAGAACAUCCUGAUAAACGAGCAGUCCGCCGAGCUGGUUCACAUAGAUUUAGGAGUCGCUUUUGAACAAGGUAAAAUCCUCCCUACUCCGGAGACGGUGCCUUUCCGACUCACCAGGGACAUUGUGGAUGGGAUGGGCAUCACUGGUGUUGAAGGCGUCUUCAGAAGAUGCUGCGAGAAAACGAUGGAGGUCAUGAGGAGCUCUCAGGAAGCCCUGUUAACCAUCGUGGAGGUCCUCCUGUACGACCCCCUCUUCGACUGGACCAUGAAUCCUUUGAAGGCUCUGUAUUUACAGCAGAGGCCGGAGGACGACACAGAGCUCCACGCCACUCCCAGCGCGGACGACCAGGAGUGCAGACGCGGUCUCGGUGACAUCGACCAGAGUUUGAACAAAGUGGCCGAACGCGUCCUGAUGCGGCUCCAAGAGAAACUGAAAGGGGUGGAGGAAGGAACGGUGCUGAGCGUCGGGGGGCAGGUGAACCUGCUCAUACAGCAGGCCAUGGACCCCAAGAACCUCAGCCGGCUCUUCCCGGGCUGGAAGGCGUGGGUGUGAGGGGUCGCGCCUCCCCCGCAGUUCAGCCGUAGGCGUGACCUUGCGGCUUCAUCUGUGACCCGGCCGCGCACUUGGAAUAGGUAUUAACAUACAACUCCAUGAACUGUUUACUGUGUUUUUAAAAAAAUGUUUAACACUUGCCUCGGUCACCUGAAGAUGCCUCCACAACCUCUCCUCUCACUUUUAGAAGUGUCAUUCAUGCUCUACUUCUGCGCUGAACAUGCAUUUGUUCUUCCCGAGUGCAUACUCGUGUCGUCUGCAGUAGAAUCACUGACUUCCGCUUCCGCUCAAGGGCAGGGACAUAACUGACAGUGAAUUACAGGAAGUAAGCGGCUAGGUUUGAGGUAGCUUUUAAUUACAACUUGUUUCCCAGGUAUCAUGUAUGAAUAAGUUAUUUGAUAAUUUAUAAAUGGAAGAAAAAAACUUUAAAAUUGUGACCAUUUGUAUAUCAUGGUAAAGCUACAUUAAAAUAAGCAACGUUGAGGGGCAUCUGGGUGGCUCAGUCAGUUAAGCGUUUGCUUCCACUGGGUUAUGAUCACAAAGCUCAUGGGUUUGAGCUCUGUGUUGGGCUCUGUCCUGACAGCUCAGAGCCUGGAGCCUGCUUCGGAUUCUGUGUCU